AUACAUACAUAGUGUCUGUGUGUAUAUGCAAUUAUAUAUUCCUUUCUCUCUGUAUUUUAUAUGUGCUUAGCUAAUAGCUAUACAGGACGGAUGAUGAAUGGUGCUGUAAGCUUUUCCUCUUUUCUGCUCUCUUUUUUCUCUUCUUAAGUAGAAAGCGUUGUCACUGUUGCAUAGUUUUAACUGCUGCUGGGGUUCUAGAGAGAGAGAGAAUGGGGUCGUCGUCGACUGGACAGAGCAGUAGCGGGGGGUUUGAUCUGUCGUUUAAGAUCUUGUUGAUCGGAGAUUCGGGAGUAGGAAAAAGUAGCCUGCUCGUCAGCUUCAUUUCUAAUGCCCUUGACGAUCUUGCCCCUACCAUUGGUGUUGAUUUUAAGAUGAAGACGCUCGCUGUUGGUGGGAAAAGACUGAAACUUACACUUUGGGACACAGCCGGACAGGAGAGGUUCAGAACAUUGACAAGCUCUUAUUACAGAGGUGCUCAGGCAAUCAUUCUUGUUUAUGAUGUGACAAAGAGAGUUACCUUCACAAAUAUAUCUGACGUAUGGGCAAAAGAGAUGGAGCUUUACUCAACUAAUCAGGAUUGUGUCAAAAUGCUUGUUGGGAACAAAGUUGACAGAGAAUCUGAGAGAGUUGUCAGCAGGGAGGAAGGUAUAACUCUGGCAAAAGAGCUUGGAAGUUUAUUUCUUGAAUGUAGUGCAAGGACACGAGAAAAUGUGGAGCAAUGUUUUGAAGAGCUUGCCUUAAAGAUAAUGGAGGUGCCUAGUCUUUUGGAAAAAGGAUCUACCACAGUGAAGAGAAAUAUCUUAAAGCAGAAACAAGAACAUCAAACACAAACUGGUGGAGGCUGUUGCUCAUAGAAGAAUGGGGGAUAUAGACUCUGCUCUUGACAGAUGUAUCGUACGAAGUGCUCUGGAUGGGGAUCAUGUUUCCUGGACAGAUUGUGACCAGAUUUGUAAAUGAGGGUUUUGUUUUCUCAUGCUGCUGCUUUAUUUCGUGCUUGAGGUCGUCGUACUGAGUGUGCUGCUGCUGCUCUGGGAAUGUUGCCUUGACCUCUCUAUUAGUUAGGUGUAUAGUGAAUGGUCAGUUUGGUUUUCUGAUCUCUUUUCCUGUCCAUACAUGGAGAUUGCUAAGAAAACCAAAUUGAAUGUAUUUAUUAUCAUUCUCCGAUUUAAUUGGCAAUUCUUACUA